AUGGCUGUAGCAGCAACAGCACUAGCAACCGAUACGACUUCCGAUGAAUUAGUCAAGUCUCGAAUUGAAAAUGGUCGUUACGUUAAUUCAUUCAAUCCUGAAUUUAAAUUCCCUGGUCCGGCACUCACUUUAAAGUGGAUACUUUUUGCACCGGACAACAAACGAUUGCCGUCUACUAUACAAGAACUGGAUAAAAUGCUACCGGUUAUUCAACAUGAGAAACCUAAUGAACUAUAUCGAACAACACCUGGCCUACGAUUUAUCUGGAUUGGACAUGCAUCAUGUUUUAUUCAAAUGAAUAAUUUCAGAUUUCUUGUCGAUCCAGUUUUCAGUGAACCACGAAAACGUUUCCGUCCACCGGCAUUAUCAAUAAACGAUUUACCCGAUGAUCUCGAUGCUAUACUAAUUUCACAUAAUCAUUUUGAUCAUCUCGAUUAUCCUAGUGUAAGAAGCUUAAACGAACGUUAUGGUGAACGACUAACUUGGUUCUGUGGUCGAGGUAGUCGACAAUGGUUUCUCGAUAGUCAAGUACAAAAUAUUGUCGAACUCGAUUGGUGGGAAGAGCACCAUUUUUCGAAAAAACAAGUGAACAUUGCUUUCUGUCCAGCUCAACACUGGAGUCGUCGUACUCCAUUUGAUCUGAACAAAUCUUUGUGGGGUGGUUAUGCUGUUUGGGAUGCUACACACAGAUUUUACUUUGUUGGAGAUACAGGUUACACUCAUAAUAUUUCAAUUUUCCGACAAAUAGGCAAAAAAUAUGGUCCAUUCGAUUUAAGUGCUAUACCAAUUGGUGCCUAUGAACCACGAUGGAUGAUGGAAGCUCAACACGUGUCACCAGAUGAAGCUGUUCAAAUACAUAUGGAUGUUCAAUCAAAAAAAUCGAUCGGUAUUCAUUGGGGUACAUGGACAUCGGGAAAUGAAUAUUUUUUGGAACCACCUGAGAAACUUUCUCAAGCAGUUAAAAACAAUCAACUCGAUCCAUCAUCAUUUAUUGUAGUUAAACACGGUGAAAUCUUCGAUUUACCCUAG